AUGCCGCGUCGCCGGCCGCCUGGUGCUGGCCCGGCGUUGAGCGCCAAACUCGUUGCCAUCAACCUCCUCUUCGCUCUACCAUGGAUCUCCACGGCCGCUCAGCAGCAGCAGUCGCUGGAUCGUGCCCACGGCCGCUCUCCUAGUGAGGGCGGCAGCUUGCACACCAUCCUGCCCCCCAAGCCCAACAAUGAGCCCAGUCGCAACAGGCUGGACACCGCCGCGACCAGGCGGGCGUUCACAUACAUCCAAGGCAAAGACGAGCGCGCCGUGGGAACAUACUCCUCAGCUCCAGCGAUUUCCGCUGUCGGAGCCCAAUAUGGAAGGGACGCAGCCGACUCCGGUGUUCUGACACCGGGUGCGCGCUCCAUUGAAGAUUGGACAAUUGAGGACUUUAUGCUCCUGGCGACUGUCGACGGCCACAUACACGCACGAAACCGAUACAAUGGUAUGGAGAUCUGGGAACUAGAUGUGGGCAAGCCCAUGCUAGAGACCAUCUACAACACCAAGAACGACUCCGACCCCACCGAUGGAUGGCGGAGCAAGCCCUUCAUAUGGAUUGUAGAGCCCAAAGAGGAUGGGGCGCUCUACAUUCUCAUGCCAGGGCCGCGGCCCGUCCUCCAGAGCCUUGGCUUGACUGUGAAGCAGCUGACCGACGACCUCAAUCCCUACGCGAGCGACGACCCUCCCGUUGUAUACACGGCAAAGAAAGAAAGCAUCAUGCUCGUCGUCGACGCGAGCACCGGACGCGUCACUAAGAGCUUCAGCACCGACGGAUACAUGAGCCCGGGAGAGCCGGAAAGCUGCCAUACCAAGACGCCAGAGUAUUUCACUGGAAGCAAGCAACACGAAUGCAAAGGCUUCUUCAACCUUGGACAGACCGAAUACACUGUCAGCAUUCAUGACAAAAACACUGGCAUGCAUAUCUGCACCAUCAAAUACUCAGAGUGGACGUCCAAUAACCGCGACCGAGAUCUGCAGACGCAAUACCGACAGACAAAAGACGAGAUGUAUUUGGUCAGUCGAUACAACGGCGAUGUCAUCGCGUAUGACAAAAAGCGGAGUAAUUUCGCGAAGAACUAUGUCUUCCAACAGAAGCUGGGAGUGCCGGUCACGCGUGUGUUCGACGUCGCACGCAAAGGCGACGAUAACGAUCCCGACCCAGCGCUAGUCCUCCUUCCCCAGCCGCCGAGCCUCGACAUCUCUCAAGACGAAGCGACAAAUGUCUGGCUGAACACGACAGAAGCUGGUAGUUGGUAUGCCCUUUCCGAAGCCAACUACCCCGCUGUAACCGACGGUGCACCCAAAGCGUCGUGUUAUACCUAUGGCAAUUAUCUGGGUGGAGCUGAUUCUUACAUCCUCCCGGAGCGUAGAGGUCUUGUUGGCGUCCACAGACUGAACUAUCAGCAAGAGCCAGCUCAGACUUGGUCUGCUAUCGCUGCACCCACAGGCAAUGAUGAGCAACAAGUCCCUGAUAAAAAACCCUCCGUCCCUGCAGGCAUACCUCAGCCUAUCCCGACAAGUCAUCUGACUUUGGAUCCACCUAAGCCGCCACCUAUCCAGACUCGUUCCUUGUGGACCAAUGUGAUGACGAUCUCAUUAACCAGCCUCGUCGGUCUUGCCCUAGUAUUGUGGUCCAUCCAAAAGCAACAAGGACCUGCUUUCAAGAAAUGGGUGUCGAAAUUCAACACGAAGCUCAACAAGACCCGACAGCUGGAGGCACCUGUCCCUGUCCCUUUCGAACCGAGUCCUGCUCCAGUCACCGUGACGGCGUCUGAGGCGCCGGCCGUCGAGCCUGUUACGGAACCUAUCGUAUUUGAGGAACCUCAAGCCACGAUAGGUGAGGUCAAGGAGGUAGCUCUACAAGUCGAAGCUCCUACUCCUCCGGAACCAGAAAAGAAGAAGGUCACGUUCGCUACUCUUCCUGAGGAUGAAGAGGAUGAAGAUCUGAGUCUCUCACGAACAACCACCAUUGAUGCUUCCCUUUCAGCUGAAGCUGCAACUGGCAACAUGUCUGAGCUCGAAGGCGCAACCCAGACGGCGGGCACUGACGAUAUCUCACCAGAGCAAGCUGCUCCAGCGACUCCCAAGAAGAAGAAAACUCACCGUGGGAAACGUGGAGGCCAAAAAGGCAGGAACCGAAGACUCAAGGAUGGUGAUGAAAUCGACCAGAUCGUAGACGCCGCGAAACAUCUCAACGAGCCUCUCGCCAUGCACCCCGAUGAGAUGAGCAACGUUGGCGAUGACGUCCAGGAUGUAUCCAACAUCAAACGAAUUGGUAAACUCACCAUUGACUUCGAUCGCCUGCUUGGUAAUGGCAGUGGCGGCACCUUUGUCUUCGAGGGCAAGUGGAACGAUCGUGAUGUUGCCGUCAAGCGCAUGUUGCCUCAGUAUUUCGGCCUCGCAGAACAAGAGGUGAAGUUGCUCCAGGAAAGCGACCUGCAUCCUAACGUUAUACGAUACUUCGAUGACGAAAAGGAUGAAAACUUUUUGUACAUUGCCGUGGAGCUCUGCCAGGCAAGUCUGUUCGACCUGUACAGAGACGGCAGACCAGGCAGUGAUCUAACAGACACUCACCUGCGUCUCGUCACUGAGAUCAACAGCAACGUCUCUCGUGCGUUACAUCAACUUGCUGAGGGUGUUCACCACUUGCACAGCUUGAGAAUCAUCCAUCGAGACAUCAAGCCUCAAAACAUCCUCAUUGCUUAUCCUCAACGGAACCAGAAGAAUGGACCACGUCUCGUCAUAUCUGACUUUGGACUAUGUAAGACACUGCCUGAUAACAUGAGUACAUUGAUUGGCACCACGGGAAACGCCGGCACCGUUGGCUGGAAAGCUCCGGAGCUCAUCCUGCAACCCAAAGACAUCGGUUAUGGAAGUUCGACAGGCCACUCACGCGACUCGUCUGCGUCGACUGACCCUGUUUCCCAAGGUGUUAAACGAGCGGUAGACAUCUUCUCGCUUGGCUGCGUCUUUUACUACGUACUCACUAAUGGAUCUCACCCCUUCGACGAUGAUGAGGGUUGGGCGCAGAUGCGCGAGUACAACAUCAAGAAGAACAAAGCCAGCUAUGAACGACUAAGCCUGGGCCCGGACUCCGAAGAGCCUAUCCGUCUCAUCUCCUGGAUGUUGUCCAACCGCCCUGAGGACCGCCCGACAGCCGCCGAGGUCAUGAAUCACCCCUUCUUCUGGUCCGCAGAGAAGCGACUCACUUUCCUGUGCGACUGCUCUGACCAUUGGGAGCGCGAGAUCCGCGAUCCGCCCUCGACCCAUCUAUCCAUCCUGGAGACCUACAGCGAAGAGGUCCUCGACAAGAAACGCAACUUCCUUGCCAAGCUCGACAACAGUUUCAUUGCUUCGCUUGGCAAGCAGCGCAAAUACACAGGAGACAAGAUGCUGGACUUGCUUAGGGCACUGAGGAACAAGAAGAAUCACUACGAGGACAUGGACGACAGCGUCAAGGCGAAGGUGGGGCCGUUGCCUCAUGGUUAUCUGCAAUACUGGACAAGCAAGUUCCCGAAGCUGUUGAUGAGCUGCUUCGAUUGUGUGGUGGAGUGUGGGUUGCAAGGAGAACCGAGGUUCAAGCCGUACUUCCCACAGGCAAACCAUUAG